AUGGCAAGAGUAUUUAUAGAUGCACGUUGUCAUCAUUGUGGUUCUAUUGGACAUAAAAAAUUUGAUUGUACAGAACGAUGUCGAGUUGGUUGUAAAUGGUGCGAGAAUCCUCCAACUCGUAGACCACCAGGUGUUGCAUCUCAACGAAACAAUGCUAAUUUUUCUGUCGCAAAUAAAGAACCAAUUUCUAUUACUACAAGCAGUUUACCAUCUGCUUCAGGUACUAUUCAAUUGACAGGGAAUAGUAUGUCAGUUACAAGAUCACAAAACAUUGCACCUAAUAAUACGGCAACGCUUUUAACUACAUCUUUAAGUUCUUUAAUGCCUCAACAGUUGGCUCAAGAAGGAUUAGGAAGUUCAAGACUUCCGUUCCAAGAAAACCAAAUUACUAAUCAAUUAAUAGGAGUUGGAGGAGGAGAAAGAAAACCUGAAAAUAUUAAAAAAUUUAAUUCUUCGAACAUCAUCUCACCUAAAGAUUCUUCUUCUAACCAUCAUUUAUUAAGAAUAAACAGUAGCAGGUCGUCACCUUUAGGAUAUAGGAAUGGAACUGAGAAAUUUACUAUGAACACAGAUUAUUAUAGAACAGGAGCAGGAUAUUCUACUAGUCGUGGUGGUGGAGGAUAUUAUCGUGAAGAGGCAAAAUCGACUUCCCCCAAUAGGUAUUAUUACAAUAAUCGUUCUGUUGCAACAGCGACAGCAGAUUAUGAUGAACGUUAUCAUGCAAGACAUCCAGAACAAGAUUUUCAGUAUGAUAGUAGAGAACAAAUAUUGAGUAGAACUGCCAGAUCGCAUUCCCCAUCAUUAUUGUAUAAUAGUAAUUCAAGAGACCGAGUUUAUACUGAUCGUUCAGAAGGAUAUCUUGAAAGGGAUUAUAAUAGACCUGAAUAUGACUAUUCAUUGCGUAGACGGCAAUGGUAA